UAAUUAGUUGAUACGUGGAUAAAGUACCUACCUUCCUACCUCCAAUUGAAGCCUAUGAUUGGUUGAAAAAUACAGCACAACACAUCAGAAUAUAAAUUUGUAGAUAUGUGCUACCUUCAGCUAAUUUCUGCUCCGGCCACCAGCACCGCCGCCGCCACCACCACCACCACUUCAAUUUAAAACUACUCCUGUCAAUCUCAUAUAUAUAUAUAUAUGAAUGGGCAAUGAAAACCUCCCCCUUCGAUUCCCACACCAGCCAAUAUUGGAAGACCAGGCGCCGGAAAGAGAGCAGUCACCCCCCGCCGCCGCCGAUGAUGAUCAUCCGCCAGAAACAGCCAGGUGCGACUGGGAUUUCAGCCUCUCCGCCGUGGUUUCUUCCGCCGCCUCUACCUCUUCCGACGCAAUUGGUGUCGUCGAGUUCGACCAGAGCAACUCCUUCCUCGCCACCGGCGGCAUCGCCAGAAAAAUCAGGAUUUACACCGCCCGGAAACUGCUCCCGUCGAGUGAUCAGAAUGGAGGUAGGACCGCCGCCGCUGCGUUUCUCGACCACGCCGCUGCAUGCGACUACUACAUGUGCACUCCGGCGAAGCUGAGCAGCCUGAAAUGGAAACCCGGUUCGGGCUCCCGGGUCAUCGGAUCCGGCGACUACGACGGGGCGGUCAUGGAGUACGACCUCGAGAAACGGGUCCCCGUAUUCGAGCGCGAUGAGCACGGAGGCAGGCGGGUCUGGAGCAUGGACUACUCGCAUUCGGAUCCGAACCUCGGCGCAUCCGGGUCGGACGACGGCACCAUGCAGAUGUGGGAUACCCGUUCCGAUGGGGGGAACUCUGUAGCGUCGGUUCGACCGAACCGGCUCGCUUCCAGCCCGGUUUGCUGCGUCGAGUUCAACCCGUUUGGCGGGCCACUCAUAGGCGUCGGAUGCGCCGACCGGAAAAUCUACGGCUACGACGUGCGCAGAACGGCCGACCCGGUUUUCGUCCUGGACGGGCACCGGAAAGCCGUGACGUACACGAGAUUCCUCGAUUUGCGGACGAUUGUUUCGUCGUCGGUCGACGGGUGUUUGAUGAUGUGGGCCACGGAGGAUCGGCGCGUGAUCAGAACGUACAGUGGACAUUUGAACGGCCGGAGAUUUGUCGGCUUAUCUGUUUGGAGAAGCGGCGGAUUGUUGAGCUGCGGCUCGGAAAACAAUAGGGUUUUUGUGUAGAAAAGAUGGGGCGAACCGAUCUGGGCGGGGUUCGAACCACCGGCGGCAGCGGCGCAGCCGCCUCGCUGCGAGGGUGGGUUUGUGAGUAGCGUCUGCUGGCGGCAGAGCGGAGAAGAGGAGCGGUGCACGCUGGUGGCGGGUGGUUCCGAUGGGGUGUUGCAAGUGUUCAAUGGUGAAAAAAGGCCAUGCUCGUAGAAUUAAAUAAAUCUAUAUUUUAUUUGGUAGGAAUUUAAUAAAAAUUUAUUGGAAUUAGGGGGUGUGUUUGUUUAGCAUUGUUCAUUUUUAAUACAAAUGCACCAAUAUUAAUUUCAUGUUUUGUAUUUUCUU